AUACCGGACUUCUUGAUGCUGUAUUUCGACCAACCGGACAAGGAAGGCCAUGAGUAUGGUCCUGAUGAUCCUCGUGUUACGGCUGCGGUCGGGAGGGUCGAUAGAAUGAUCGGUAGGGUCAUUCAAGGACUCAAGAAGAGGGAGAUCUUCGAUGAGGUUAAUGUGAUAUUGCUUGGCGAUCACGGAAUGGUGACAAACUGUGACAUGAAAACAAUUUACAUUGAUGAUUUAGCAGAGUGGGUCAAGAUACCAGCGGAUUGGAUCAAUGCUUAUAGCCCCGUGCUGGCGAUGAACCCUAAGUGGGGUAAAGAUGUCAAGAAUCCAAGCGAGAAGAACGCAGAACUCGUGGCUAAGAUGAACGAGGGUUUGAGCUCAGGGAAAGUAGAGAACGGUGAGUUUUUGCAGGUAUACUUGAAGGAGAAGUUACCUAAAAGACUGCACUAUUCAGAGAGUUCUCGGAUUCCGCCGAUUGUAGGAAUGGUCGGAGAAGGUCUAAUUGUUAGACAGAACAGAACAGGUGUUCAUGAAUGUUAUGGA